AUGUCUAUAGAAGAAUGCAUCCAACAGUACAAGGAGCCGUUUUGGCAUGUCUUCUUGCAAAGCCGUCCGCUGCUGAAGAGAGUGUUCGGAUCCGACUGGUCCAAGUACUCGGGGAAAUGGCUUCAAGAAGCGGUCGAGAAUCUAUUGAGAUCCAGAGACCAGCCAAUCACCCUGAUGAUGCGAUCCGGUCGGAGACAGAACAGCAUGAGAGGGACGGUUCUCUGCCACGAAGCGCAACAGCCUCAUUCCGUUUUCUUCUGCACUCAAGAAUGCCGGGGCCCAUAUCAACAACACAUGUUGAAGUGCGAUAUCGAACUGCGGCAUGCCGCACGUGCUACCAGCGCAGCUCCGUCAUAUUUCAACGAGAUGAGGAUCGAGACCCUCAGUUUUGUGGACGGCGGCUUCGGCUUGACUAACAACCCUUCGUGGGAAAGCCAAGUUCACUAUCACCGAAACCACGAUGUCACGACGAACCGACAGCUUAUUAUGAUCAGUCUUGGCACGGGCAGUGUCCCUGCCGACGCGAACGUAAGCCGGCUGCAACAGCGACCUUGGUGGACGAGACUUCUGCCCAACGGUCUCCUCAAAGCAAUGGGCCUGGUCUCUGAUCUGGUGAAGAUGGCAACAGACUCCGAGCAGCCAGCCGAACAGCUGCGUUACCUAUCUGAGGACCAUCCUGAUCAGCUCUUCUUCAAACGAUUCAGUGCCGAUACAGGAAUCCAUGACAUUCAGCUGGACGACUGGCGGGCUGCAUCGGGCGUCGACGGCACCGGGAUCAUCGAGGAAAGAACACAAGCCUACCUGCAAGGCCCAGCAGUCCUUACAGAGUUCAGACAUGCCGCCAAAAAGCUGGCGGAAGUAUAUGCCAAACGGCACGAGCAAGUCGAGAUACCUGUAAUGGCCGCCUUGGACAGACGCCAGAGUGUCGAUCUGUCAAUAUCUGUCGUGGUCGAAAAUGAAACACGGGGCCGUGUCGGUUUACCGGGAAAUUUGAGAGCGUUGACUCCCGAAUCUUCAGCUGAUGGAAUUCCCAGUCUCGUCACAGGAUCGGAACCGACACAGACGCCGAACCCGUCGCCGCCACGAACGCCGGAGCCCGGCCGAAACCCAUUUCCACCGAUGCUCGCCUCUGAUACCAAGGAAAUACUUCAAGGCCAAGGGCAGCGAUUCAAAGAAAAUGUUGCUUCCUCAUCAGGGUUACUCAGCCCCGUAUCCUCUGACCGUUCGCGGUCUCCAAGGGCUAGACGAGCAGCCACGUUACCUGUCUCGCGAGACUGGGGUCUAGGCAGAGUCAUGUAG